AUGUUCGAGGCGCCUCAAAACUCCGCCCACCUCGGCGGCGGCGGAAACCACCUUAUCGGCGGAAGCCGCCUGAGCGUGGAGCAGGCGCUGCUGCUCAACAUGUCGCGCACGGAGGCGGAGAUGCGCAAGGUUGUGAUGGAGCGCGACGUGCUCAGAGAGGAGGUUGCGCGCAACCAGGCGGCCAUGCGCCAGCUUUCCGCGGACAAGUCCGCGCUCGAGGACCGCGUUCGUGCGCUGGAGAGCACCGUGCGCGGGCUCGAAACCCGCGCGCGCCAGCUCGCGGGGGACAAGGGACAGCUCUCCGCCGAGCGCGCGCAACUCUCCGCGGAGCGCGCGGGGAUAGAGUCGCUCGUUCGCGCCGCGAAGCAGGAGGCGUUCUCGCAAGCAGUGAGUCAGAUCCACGUGGCGCUCAGCUGCGCGCCGAUUCCGCGCGGAAUCCGCUUCGCGCCCGUCGACGCGGAGGUCUUUCAGUACCUUUCGCGGAAGGUUCGCGGCGAGGUAGAAGACGUGGGCCUAGACCGCCUCCUAGUCCAGAGAUUAAGACGCGUCGCGGACUGCGACGGACUAAUCCCCGAAAUCGAGCUCCUUAAGUUCCCCAGGCCGUGGCACCUUCCCGGAUUAGACGUCUCCCCGGACGGCAAGGGCUUGACGGGGUUCUUUUUCGUUAGACCGGAAUGGCGGCCGAACGAGCGCCGCAGGCGGAGAGAGGCGGAUAUGGCGCCGUCCGACCCGAAGCCGCCCUGCUGGAAGGAGUCGUGCCAGCCCACGCCGUUCGCGGAUCUUGCGCCGAGCCUUGGCGCUUCCGUGGGUGCGGGGGGAGUGUGCGCGGGCGGAGUGGGCGGAGUUGCGGGAGCGGUGAUGGGAGGGGCUCUUCUUUUCCGGCCCGAGCGACGGAUGUUUCGUUUCAAGCUGCCCGGGACGCGGGAGGGGCCGGCGGGGGAGAAGGAGAAGUGGAAGAUGUAUGAAUACACUCUAAAAUCGGAUUUGGAAAUGUACGAAGACAAGAGGAGCGGGUUUCCCGUGUGGGUCGUGUGUAAAGUCGUGAGAGAGGGGCCUAUGACGAGGGAAGAGGAGGAAGAGGCGAAGGCGCGAGCUGCUGCGGCGGCGGCGGCCGCGGCGGCUGGCGGCGGGUCGAGCGGGAGCGGCGGGGGAAACCAGGGAGGCGGGGGAGGGGGAGCGGGAAGCGGAGGGGGAGGAGCGUAUUCAGGGGGAAGCUCUGGGACGGGGGGAGCGUUUGGGGGAGGGGGUGGGGGGAGCGGCGGGGAGAGCGGGUAUCGGGGGAAUGGGGGCGGAGGGUAUGGGGGAGGAGGGGGGGGAUACUCAGGUGGGGGGGGAGGAGGAGGAGGGGGAGGGAACGUGUGGUCGCUGAUGCCGUCUCUGCCCGAGAAUCUGGUUCCACCUGCGCUGGCGCUUGCGCCAGCAGCAGCGCGCGGAGGCUCUCCCAAGAAUUCUCCUGGAAAAACACCUGAGAAAUCACCUGAGAAUUCCCCUGGAAGAAUCCCCCCUAUGAUGCUCUCCCGCAUGCAGAUGCUGAACCAAUGGCUCGCCUCCAUGCCUCACCCUCCGUCCCAAUCCCUUUCUGCCACGUCAGUGUCAUCCCCUGCUGCAGGGACAUCAUCAGCGCCAGCACCGGCACUCCCCUCUCUCCUGGCUGCCACGUCAUCCUCGUCCACGUCAGCCACUCAGGUUACAUCAGCAUCUGGACAAGUGUCAUCCACAGUUCAAGUCACUUCGUCCGUUUCUGUAACCGCAGCAGGUUCGGGAGCUGCCGAACCUGUUGCCGAGCCUCUGGCGAUGCUCGCCAUGGCUGCCGCCAAACGUCUGCUGGAGGAUCGGCUGGUUCGGCACGUGGGGAACAUCAGUGGGAGGAAGCUUCUUCUGCUGCCGGAGGUGGAAGGCCGAGAAUCUACUGCUGCUGCUACUGCUCUUACCACCACCACCACUGCUGCCGUCACCACUGCCCCCACCGCUUCUACCGCUCCUGCUGGUUCUGCUGCUUCUGAUGCUCCUGCUGUUGGUGAAAGAGCGGGGAAGAAGGCCGGGAAUGAAGCGAGCGGGGAGCAGCAGAGGCCGUAUUGGCUGCGCCCCCCGUCCUGGGCCCGAGCCUUGCCUGAUUCCUAUUGGGAUACUCCCGAGGCGCGGGCAGAGGAGGAGGAGGUGGUGGGUGAGGAGGUGGAGGAGGGGAACGAGGACGAGGAGGAGUGGGAGGAUGGGGAGGAGGGAGAAGAGGGUGAGAGUGAGGAGUUGUGUUUGAAAGCACGAGGGGAGAGUGAGGUGGGGAUGCUGGCUGCGGAAGUUUCCAAGAAGCUGGGUGAGCUGGUGGAGGCAGCGAGGAAGCUUCGGGGGAAGAUGCAAGGAUUUGCUCCUGUUGAGACUGCAACUUCCCGCGUCUUCAAUCUGGUUACGCAGGUUACUGACGUGGCACUAGCGGACGAGCCUGCCGCCCUGCUCUGGCUGCACGCGGUGGGCGGCGCAGUCAGCGAUGAGCUGGCGCCCGGAAUCUUCCUCGCAACUUCCUUGUCUGCCUCGCCACUGAUGCUUUUAGUUAAGUUCCACGACUUGAGUGUGAUUAUAGAGGGCGGGAUGAAAGCCGUGUGGAGGCAGGCUGUAAAGAGGCUGCCGAAGGCGCUUGUAGAGAGGAUGGAUGAGGAAGGGAGGAGGGAAGUGAGGGGCAUGGAGGAGGCACUGGAGGAAGGAAAGGUGGCAGUGGGAGUGAGUGAGGGAGUGCGGAAGGCACAGGAGGGAUUGCUGGCGCUCGUGUUGGCUCUGGGAGGGGUGAGUGAAGGAGGGGAGGGAGGAGAGGAGGGAUCACUGAAGCUUAAGGGAAGUGAUGGCGCUGCAAAGAUGCAGCAUUCUAAAGCAGCACCUGAGGUUUCACCUGAAGCUGUGGAGCCACCUGUGGAUGGUGAUUCUGAGGCACCUCCAGCUGCAGAGGCCGGGCAGAAGAAAGUUUUGUUCUCGAUUGACGGCAGCGAACUGGAUGCGAACACCAAAGCGGCCAAUCAGCUGAAGAGAGAGCUGAUGAGCCUCUGCGAAAAGGGCAGCCGGAAAACUUUCGAGCUGCCUGGAAGCAUGUCGAGCACUGUCAUAGAGGUUUUCCGGGCAGUCGGGUUCGAGUAUAGCAUACCCGACGUGCACGGGCAGGUGAAGAAAGAAGCACGUUGGAAGGGGGAGAGGAAGGAGCUUCAGUGGAGAGGGAAGGAAGGGAAGGAAGGGAAGGAGGGGAAGGAAGAGGGGGAGGUGUAUUUGGAGGGGGAGAUAAGUCAGCUGCAGGCUUUAAAGAAGGGGCUUGAUCUGGACUUGCAGCAACUGGACGUGAAGCCCAGUGUGCUCAGCAAGUUGGUGGAAGGUUCCUCGAUGGCGAGUGUGGCGGAUGGCAUGAUUGCUGGCUGCUCUGGUCGCGUCGAUGCCUCCAUGCGGUUACCACCCAAUUCUGCUGGAGGUGUUCCGCUACAGGGUGUUACUAUAGAGGUGCUGGACCAACACAGCAAGGCCACGCCCAUGCUACAGCUGAUCAAGGAGACUGAAACCCUCUCCUCCCUCUCCCACCCCCACAUCAUCCCCCUCCUUGGCUACUCCCUUGAAUCCCCCUGUCUGGUUUACCCGCGUAUCCCUCACGUAUCUCUCGCCGAUCACCUGCCGUAUGGUAACCGCGUGGCGCGGUUACCGCCUCUCCCGUGGUUUGUCCGGGUGCGGAUUGCUUAUGAGGUGUCGGCCGCUCUGCUGUUCCUGCACCAGCAGCAGCCGCACCCGGUGCUCCAUCGGGAUCUCCGGCCGGCAAACAUCGUCCUUUUCUGUGAGGAGAAGGCCGGGCGGGGGAAGGAUGGAAGCGGGUGCGAUGAAGGGGUGGUGGGAGAGAGGGGGGAUGCUGGUAUGACUCUAAGGGCCCCUUUGUGGUGGCCCAGGUUUCAGAGGGAGGAUGGAGCAAAGGCUGCAGCACCGGCAGAAGUCUCCGGUUCGAAUCUUUCUGGGCGCAGGUUGGUGAGCAAGCUGGCUCGUGUUGGCUUCUCAGCUCUGAAUCAGAACCAGAGGACUGGGAGGGCGAGAGUGGAAGAUGUGGUUUUUCUGGAUCCGGAAUAUCCAAGAACUGAGGAGCUGGUCCCGUCUUCUGACGUGUAUGCGCUGGGAGUGGUGCUCAUGCAGUUGCUGACUGGACGCAAUGCCACGUCAGCGCUGAGCGUGGUGACUGGAGUGGUGGAAGGGAACAAGGAGCUGGAGGAAGUUUUGGAUGAGGGGGCUGGGGGAUGGCCUGCUGAUGUGGCAAUGGAGGUGGCUGAUCUGGCAGCUAAGUGCACGGAUAUGAGGAGGUGCAAGAGACCCAGUUUGGCUGGAGAGGUGGUGCCCGUGCUGACAAAGAUGCAUGCUCUGGCCCUGGAGGUUGAGAACAAAUGA